AUGGCACCACAAAACUUAUCCUCACCAUACACUCGAAAAGGUCAUCAUUCAAUGGCCGGAAAGACCGUUAUGUCAAGCCUUGGCGGAGGCAAGGGCAAGACCGGGCCAGGUGGUAGGGGGAUUGGAGGUCCUCGUUUGAGAAGACAUCGAAAGGUCUUGAAGGAUAACAUUAAUGGUAUUACCAAAGGUGAUAUUCGACGUCUAGCACGCAGAGGUGGUGUCAAACGUAUCUCGUCGUUGAUCUAUGGCGAUGUCCGUGAGGCGAUCAAAUCACGUUUGAAUGAGAUUUUGAAGGAUUGCGUCGCUAUAGUUGAACACUCGAAGAGAAAGACGGUCACUGUCAACGAUGUCAUUUGGGCAUUGCGUCGACAAGGAAGACCUCUUUAUGGUUUUGACAACAUCGACAAGUGAACAGUUGCACGCUGUUGAUGUGCAUUUCGACUAUUUUGCGAGGAUACCCGUUGCGUGCGUAUUUGUAGGACUAUUUAUGGACAUGGAAAUCUUGGCGCGCAACAAAUUUUCGUUGUUAAGCUACGAUUUCUCUUAUUUUUUUUACAAGAUAUUGAGGAUAUAUCAAGCGGCAGAAGCAUGUUUGUAACAAAAUUCUGAUGAUCAUAGGGUAUUGGAAGGAUGAUAAUGAAAUAGAGGCUAUUAGAUCAUGAGCAGGCUCUACAAACUGUGUUCGA